GAAAGUCCAACAAGCUGAGAUUUGAGGUAGCUUCCUUGCUUUUAGCUCAUCAAACGGGGCGGGGGUCUCUUUCUUUAGUCGGUCUCCAAAUUGUCCAACGCCCUCUCCCUUUCUUCAAUCCUUUUCCUUCUCAGUCUCUCCGACCAUUACACAUCCCUUUCUCUCCACAAGUCCACCACCCAUUAAAACCCCCUUCCUUCUUCUUUUGCACCAUUUCUAUUCUUAUCUCCUUAAACCACCCUAAACCCUAUUCUCCUCUCUCUCUCUCUCUCUCUUCAAACUCACAUGCACCACCAAGCCCCAAUGUCCCGCCACAACUCCUCCUCCUCUGCUUCUUUCCCUCCUUGCUUCCGCCCCUCCCCAACCACCGAACUCCACCACUCUCCGCCUCCUCCCCCAAUCUCCGGCCACCCCAACCUCACCACCUGCCUCUACCACACCGACUUCGCCAUCUUCUCCCUCACCUGGUCCCGCUCCUUCCUCGGCGGCCGCUCCCUCCACCUCAACCUCCUCCACCAUGCCUUCGACUCUCCCCCACCGUCUUCCUCCUCCCCUUCUUUCCACCUCAACAUCAAGCCCUUCUUCUUCUGGAAGCGCCAUGGCUCCAAGAAGCUCGCCCCCAACACCCUCAUUUUCUGGGACUUCUCCAGAGCCAAGUUCGGCUCCGGACCUGAACCCGUCUCCGCCUUCUACGUCGCUGUCGUUGUCGACGGCGACAUGACCCUCCUCCUCGGCGACUUGAAUAAAGAGGCUUAUUCCAAAACCAGAGCCAACCAGGUCGUCGAUCAAAGUCCCCAACCGCAGGCUCUAGUUUUGAAAAGAGAGCACGUCAUUGCUAAGAACAUAUACACGACCAAAGCCAAAUUAGGCGGCAGAAUGAGAGACAUCCAAAUCGAUUGCGGCCACAAUGACGACUUCAGUCGGCUCAGCUUCAGCGUCGACAACAAAAGGGUUCUCCAGAUUAAGCGAUUGAAGUGGAAAUUCAGAGGCAAUGAGCGGAUUGAAGUCGACGGUGUGCCGUUGCAUAUAUCAUGGGACGUCUACAAUUGGCUUUUCGAGAAUGACGGCAAUGAUGGACAUGCGGUGUUCAUGUUCAGGUUCGAAGAAGACGAGCAAGACAUUAGUACCCAACUGAGCGUGGGGCAUUGGGCGCAGCAGCAGCAGUUCUGGAAUUUCGGGAUGAAUGGGAUCGAGUGGAGGAAGAUGGGCAAGAGCUUUUCUUCUUCGUCGGUUUCAAUGUCGUCUGCGGGGUCUUGUAGUUCGUCGGUAAUGGAAUGGGCUACAAUGGAGGAGAGCGACCUCAGUGCCGGUCCUACUGGAUUUUCUUUGAUCGUUUAUGCUUGGAGAAGAUGAUUCUACUCGAAUUCCAAAUGCAUUGCCUGCCCUACUAAAUUGGCUCGUUGAUUUCAUAUUCAGAUAUAUGGUGAUCGAUAGUUACUACUACUUCCCUACUAACCCAUUUGUUGUUGAACAUAAUUCAAUAAAUCCAAUCCAACUAUGAAAUUCAUAGGUACAUGGAUGAACUAACAAUUCUAGUUACUUGGUAUUAGAAAGAGGCAAAUUAAACAAGCUUCGGUUUUUGUACUUCUACUCAGAAUAGCUGUGAUAUUCGGUGUUGUUUGAUGUAAUCAAUUAAGUUUGUGAAACA